AUGAGGAGCCCGCAAUACGGUCCCCGGCCACGCUAUUCUCGUUUUAACACUUGGCAUCACGAGUGGCUACUUAACGAUAGGUCUGCUUUUCCUUGGGAACCGCAAUAUCCUACUUCACAAACAGGUUUUUCUACCUACAAUCAUCCUUCUUCUUUCGAUAACCCCUGUUUCUCCUCAUCUUCACCUUCAUCUUCAUCUGGCAUUUCCGCCUCCUCUCGUUUGUCUUCUUAUUCUCCUCAUUCGCCUCUUUCUACCUCGCCAUCUAUGCACCUUUGUGAUCAAGAUCAGCCAAAAGACAAAAAUUAUAUAUUCUCAUCAGGCCGCCAACGUUUUUCCCGUAUUAAUUUUCCAAACACUCGGGCUGACUUGGAUACUAAGAAGGAACCUUAUUUGACCAAAUCGUCACCAAGCUACCAAAGUCCAAAUAGUGCUAAUGACCAAUCUCCCUGUGAAAUUCGUCCCAGAGAUCAUUCUUCUCCC